AGACAUCAAAGAAGAAGCCUCAUCAGAUAGCAGAACCGGAUAACAACAGAGACAAUUUAUCAACACUAUAUUUGUGACAGCACCUACAGCAUGAUCUCACAUGUGGGCCGGUCUAUAGAAGCAUAAAGGAACACACUGAAGCAGGUGCAUCGCAUUCACAUGUGAACUGUGGAAAUAUCUCUCUCCUCUCAAAUCAGUCAGAGAAAGUCUGAAAAGAAGGACUUUAAAGAAGAGGCCACUUUGAGGUCAGUCAUACAGUCAUGAGUGAGUCCAUGGAUUAUUUCCAAAAUUUUACUGAAGAUUAUGAUGAUGCGGAACCUUGUAACCUGGCACAGUUCAGCGAACAGCAAGUGACCAUCCCAACAUUUAUCUACUCUCUAAUUUGCACACUCGGCGUGCUGGGCAAUGUUUUGGUCCUCCUAACGUACGCCUUCUACAAGAAAGCAAAAACUAUGACCGAUAUCUACCUGGUUAACGUAGCACUGGCGGAUCUGCUCUUCGUCAUCUCCCUUCCAUUGAUCAUCUACAACGAACAGCAUGACUGGAGCAUGGGCACGUGGGCUUGCAAGUUUCUGAGAGCAGCCUACAGCAUCAACGUGUACAGCAGCACGCUCCUGCUGGCCUGCAUCAGCGGCGACCGCUACAUCGCCAUUGUGCAAGCCAGACGAUCGGUUCGAAUUCGACAGCAAGCUCAGGUGUACAGCCGUCUCAUCUGCUUGGUCAUAUGGCUGCUUGCUUUUAUCUUGUCUCUGCCUACACUUUUAUAUUACCAGGAGGAAAACAAGGAAUGCAUCCUUAACUUUGAAGAGCACAACCUUGCCAGAAUCAUGAAAAUCCUGAUUCCGAGCAUGCAGAUGGUCCUCGGGUUCUUGGUGCCGUUGAUGGUCAUGAUAUUCUGCUACUCGUGCACCAUGGUGACUCUACUCAAAGCACAAAACUUCCAGAAGCACAAGGCCAUCCGUGUGGUCCUGGCCGUGGUCUUCGUGUUCGUCCUUUGCCAUCUGCCUUACAACGUGGCGCUUCUCAUCCACACCAGUAAACGGUUCAGUGAGAGAGUAUGUGAGGAAGAACAGGUGACUCUGAUGACGUUGUCCAUCAGCAGGAGUGUGGCCUACCUUCACUGUUGCUUGAAUCCCAUUCUGUACGCCUUCAUCGGGGUUAAAUUCAGGAGCCACUUUUGUCAGAUCUUCCAAGACUUGCGGUGUCUGGGGAAACGGUACAUUUCAGGACGCUCCUCUCAGCAGACCUCUGAGCUGUACAUAUCAACAAACAAAACCGUUGUUGGACAGAUCCAUGAGAACCCAUCAUCAUUUACAAUGUGACAGAGCUUUUUUAGUGUUUGUUCUCAAGGAAGCAGUGAUCUGUGGAUUGUUUGUUUGGUGCUUGGUUUGAGUUUUAUGAAAUGCCGAAAUGAAACUGAAACUUUUGGUAAACUUUUUGGCUUCAGAAUAAGGUUCCAUUAAUGCAUUAACUGACAUUGACUAACAACGAGCAAUACAUUUAUUACAGCAUUUAUGAAUUACAUGUCAUCUCAGGUCCAUUAAAUAAUAUUCACAUAUUCAAAUUUUUAGAAAUGCAUUAGUUGGCCAAAUGUUGGAGGGAAAAAAUGUAUUAUCAUUGUUAGUUCAUGUUAACUAAUGUAGUUAACUCAUGUUAAUAAAUGGAACUUUAUUGUAGUGUUACCUCUUGUUUUGAAAGUACUGAAAAUAUAGUAAAUAUUUUUGUUUUCUAAAUGUUGUCCUAUUCAAAUGCUUUUUAACAGUAACUUUAUUGUGGGCCGACUAUUACAACCCAUACCUGAUUUGCAAGGCAAAUACAUAUCGGGAAAUGCAUAUCAGUCUUGUCAACAAUAUGGUAUUAAACUAUGAGUGUUAAGGUAAAAAAUGCAUUCAUCUUGUAAAAGUCUCAAUAUAAUGCAUUAUAGAAAUAUUAAAAACAAGCUUUAAUAAGAAAACCAAACCAUGUAAAGUCUACCGAAUCAUUGUGCAUUGCAUUAUAUAUUUUGAUAAUAAAACUAAGCAUCUAAAUAUCAUCUUACAAAGACAUAUUAUUGGAGAUAUAGAGUGACGACUGACAUUUAUAUCAUUUAAAGCAAGUAUUUGCUAUACUGUAAUAAAGAUCCCAUUGGAUUACAUUAUAAGCUAAUAAAAUAAAAUUUGGUGAAAGAGCAUUGCAUUGCAGCAAAAUACAGGUGUGUGUGUGUGUAUAUAAAGGUUCAAUAAACUUUUGAAAAUUUCAAAACUCA